AUUAAUGUACGGGUUUUAGAGGCUGCAACAACAAAGAGCGCGGAGACAACUAAGGUUUCGACAAAUGAUACAACCACACCAACGGCAGCUACAUCACCAACAACAACACGGCCCACACUAGCGCCAACACAUACACCCGCACCUACAGCAACAACAACAACACAAACACCGAUGACACAAGCGCCUUCAACCAAUUCAACCAAACCAUCUACAACUAGUCCCGACACAAACCAAACUGCAACUUCAACAAUAAUUGUAUCAACUCCGCAACCUGACACAACUAACGGUACCCAAAAGCCAGAACCGGCAAUAACAAUUGGGAGCAACUGCAGUGGGCAUGGUAAUGAGAGUUCGGCUAAUGAGUGGUGUGGUGAUGGUGUUGAUGGACAGGUGGUGUGCUUCGAGGGAAUUUGCACGUGCAGCACGGGACACUUUCCGAUCAACAGCACAGCUUGUCUAAAUGAGACGGUGUUGAACACAACGGAAAUAAGCAUAAUUAGCACAGAUGUAACCUCAUUCACACUGUCAUGGGAGAAUCCAGCCAUACAAGAAUCUCAAGUAAACGUCACAGUUGUUGCAAAUAAUGCCGAUUGUGAUGUAGGACAGGCUAAAAAUGCAACCUGCGCUGGUCUCGAACCUGGAUGUAACUAUACCGUCAAAGUGAAGGUCCAAAGUGGAACAUUUGAGGGCUUUGUGCUUACCUCUGCCUCUUUAGUUCCUGAAAGCCCUGGACAAUUAAACACAACUCUUUGUGGAGUUUUUGAGGCACCAGAUGUAACUCUUUGUUGGGACCCAAGUGAAGGGUGUGUGGAUUAUUACUCUGUCAACGUUAAACAGUCAGGUGGUGAGGAAGUCUUUUCGACCCAAACAUCUGACGGUGCGAAUUUCACAACUGUAACCAAUUUGACAGCCGGGACAGAAUACAAUAUAGCAAUCGUUGCACACAGUUUGAACAAAUCUAGCGCUUCAACAUUGGACACAUUUACAACGCAAUCAAGUGAACCAAGUGAGCCACUUAACCUUACAGUUGAAGUUCUAGGUAAAACGGAUGUAAAGUUAAAUUGGGAAUCUCCUGAACACCCAAAUGGGAUGAUCUCUGCCUACACGGUGUGCUAUCUUUACAAGCACUAUAGGGACCAGUCAUACUCCGGAACAAACUGCACUAACAAAACAGACCCGGAAAUCGCCAUGAUUGGAAACGUUGAAACCAACUUGUCACUUCCGUUUGCAGGCGCCUUUUAUAACUUCUCUGUUGCUGCUGUUAACCAGAUGUUCACGGGAAGAUCUAGUUCUGCUCUCGCAAGAACUAAUGAAUCAACACCCGAGAGUGUCACUGGACUGUACGCACAGGCAACCAACACAACCAUUACCUUGAUGUGGUCACGUCCAGCUAUCCCGAAUGGAGAUAUCAUAGGGUACGUGCUACAUUGGAAAAAAGGGGUACACAUGUGCAGUGUCAUCGUCAAAUCAGAUUCAGAAGGGGUAAAAAAUGGUGACAACUGUGGUUGGGAUCUGCCUAAGCGAAUUGCUGUCAACCAAAAGGAGAUGAACUAUACUAUAUCCGGGCUUAACCAUUAUGAAAACUACAGCAUGUGGGUGAUACCGUUUACAGCUGCAGGACCCGGGCCAUCCAGUAAUAUCACGCAACAAACGGCUGAAACAAGACCGGGUCCUGUGGGCCAUGUAACAAUACGCAAUAUUGGGCCCACCGCGAUUAACGUGACGUGGACGAUUCCUGAAAUAAACCCAGGUCCGACCAACUACACAGCAGUCGCUAGGAGCACGAUACUAGGAAAGAAACACACUGCUCGGUGUGAAGUUGAAGAUUACACGAGCACUGGAUGUGAGAUAGAGUACCUCCGCGAAUUUUGGCAGUACCAGGUGGAGGUCAUUGCUGAAACCAAGGGAGGGAUCAGUGAACCAACACUCUCUGAGGAUUUCUAUACACAAGAAUCAACCCCGGGAACACCGACGUCAUUAUACGUCAUUUUUUAUUUUACACCACCCGCAUGUGACGCCACAAAAGUCAGUGUUACCUGGAUCGAACCCAACCUCCUGGACAGACACGCAAAUAUAACACAGUAUGAUGUACAGCUUAAUGACGAGAUGUUCACGUAUGACGUUUCCGCCCCUAAACCAUUUGACCCACACAACAGAAAUUUUUCAUUUGAACAGAAUGGUCUCAAGGCUAAAUGGAAAUAUCAGGGGCAGCUGUUUGCAGUUGGAAAAAACGGGGUUAAGGGAUUGCCUGCAAAUUACACAUUUUCGACGGGAAUAUGUGCUCCCCCCAAAAUGGACUCCGAUCUUAGGAAAUUAGAGAUCACCUCGUCAUCGGUGAUUUUUAAUCUUGAUCCUGAUUUCUUCAAGAACGAAAAACAAGGGAAGAUAGUGGAAUAUGGCAUGGUAGGAGGAAACGGACGAGAUGUAGUCAAAAUAGUAAAUGGAAACACUGUUUUGAGUUUAGGAAGCUGGAGCAAUUUUACAUCGAAUAAUCAUCAGGGUGCUUAUAGAUUCAAUUUCAACCUGACGCCUAAUGUGAACGGCAAAUUUCGGCUAGAAGUUGGACAAAAUAGAACCUGCACAAAAGCGGAUUUUAAAGAGUUCUGCAAUGGACCGCUUCCUAGUGGAUUAGAAUUAUGGGUUAAGGCUUAUGCCUGCACUGCGAUCAAUUUAUGCACUGUGUCCGAGCACUAUGGACCUUUCACAAUCCAACAACCACACCAAGAUUCGAAUGACGGUGGUGUGGAUGGGGCCUUGAUUGCAUUGCCCAUUCUUAUUGCCAUCCUUAUCCUCAUCAGUAUGUUUCUGGUUCUUUGGUGGCGAGGAGCAAUUGACCCACUUAAGUGGAUGAUUGGAGGGGGCGAGGAAGAUGAACUAGUAACCCUUCAAGAGAUUGCAGAUCCCGACAGAUCCAUUCCAAUAGCAACAUACAGCGAGGCCCUUGCUGAUCUUCACAGGGACACACAUCUCAUCCUGUCAGUUCAGUACGAGGAGAUAAAGCGACGAGCGGGUCAAAUAGAAGUGAGGUCAGGUUUCGAGGCUGCCAACCUUGAACCAAACAAGCCCAAAAACAGAUGGGUCAACAUUCUACCCUUCGACCAUAGCCGGGUCAAACUUCAACAGUUGGAUGACGAUGACCCAGAAUCAGACUAUAUUAAUGCUAACUAUAUGCCUGGCUUUCACCAUCAACGGGAGUUCAUAGCAACCCAAGGUCCGUUGCCCGGAACAAUCGACGACUUCUGGCGAAUGGUGUGGGAACAAAACGUCAUGGUGAUCGUCAUGUUAACACAAUGCAAGGAGAGAAAUAGAGUAAAAUGUGAGAUGUACUGGCCGGACACUGUCCAAGAGGCAAAGCAAUACGGAGAUGUUGUGGUCAACCCGACCUCGAUAACCAACAUGAACAAGUUCAAUAUCAACAUCUUCGGCAUCUCUCACGCCAGCGAUCUAACGAAGACUAGAAAAGUUUUGCAAUUCCACUACCUGGACUUUAUGGAUUUUACGGCUGCCGUGGAAGUUGAAAAUUUCAUCGAAUUUGUGCGCACAGUUCGAGGUCACGUGCCCCACGAUAUGACCAGCCCUAUGGUUAUCCAUUGCAGUGCUGGCGUAGGCAGGACGGGCUCUUACAUCGCCAUAGAUCACUUGCAAGAGUAUCUGAACUCUCCCAAGUUCAGUUCCGAUGACCACAUCAACAUUUUUGACAUGGUCAUGGAAAUGAGGGAACAGAGAGUCAACAUGGUCCAGACAGAAGCUCAGUACAUCCUGAUCCACGACUGUUUUGAGUGGAUGUUGGAGGACAAGAAUAAAUCUCUGAAAACUACAGAGUCGAUGGAGGAUCUGUACGCUAACCAGGCAUACGAUCCCUUUCCAGACGUCGAGUAUGAGAACGUGAAUUAUGAGAAUAAACAGAGAACAGAGCUCUGAGUGGCAUUUGUCGGAUAUUCUGAGUAAAAGAAACAAUACAAUAAACAAAGAACAGAGUUGUUUGUGUCAGUUGUCGGAAUUCCGAGCAGAAGCAACAAUACAUAAACAAAGAACAGAGCUCUGAGUGACAUCUGUCGGAAUUCUGAGUAGAAGCAAAAUUAUAAUAAACAAAGUACUGAGUUCUGAGUGGCAUUUGUCGGAAAAGUAGUGUUCAUUGAUGCAUAUGUUGUAAAUUUAUCAUAAUAAUAUUUCAAUACAAACCAAUAGCAUAUAUAUUAUGUAGUGCAUUAACUCAUUUUGUCAUUAUUAAUCACCAAUUAUGAAAUCAGUGUUCUUGUGAAAAAGGUGUUUAUGGAUUAUGAACUCACACUUAUUUAAUCGUAUGUCGGUCAAUAGCAAAACAAAAUUGCCUUAGAUUGGAGAAUGACCAGUAAACUAUUGCAUAGAGAGGCACUGGGGUACUGAUUACUGACGACAAGCCUCUUAAUAAGUGUUUUAGUAGAUAAAAUAUUUAUUAUAUUUUUGCAAUAAUUUAUAUAAAACACACAACAUGAACGUGCAUUAAAAGCACGAACGGAGGAAAAAAAUGUAUUAUAAUAUUCACGAGUACAUCCCCAUGUUGCUAAGUAAAAUGUGAACAGAUUUCUAUUCCGUUAUUUGAAGUACACAACGCAUAAGUUUGAGAAAUAGUUCCAAUAUAAACAUGCUUUUUUAAUUUAAAGGGACUGUACACCAGAUUUGCAACAAUUGUUUUUUCUGUAACGAAUCUCAGGACAAUUAUUUAAUUUAAUAGAAUGUGUAACGCUUUGAUAGCAUAAUUGUAAAAAAGUACCAACAUGUAAAAAAAUGUGUCGGAGACCGGAUUCGAACCUGUGUCUAGUGUUGUAUCCACUGUGCUACGAAGGCUUUCUCCAUUCGAGUCGUAUAUUUAAGCUAUAUACCUAACUUGGUAAUAUCACGUGUUAACACCAACUAGCCAAUCACGCACAAGAAAGACUACUAGGAGACAUACCCAGUAAUCUUUUCUAAUGGAAAAAUACGAAAUAACUGCUAAAAUUAAAUAAAUUGUAAACUAUGUGGUACUUCAGUUAGUAAGUUUCAAUGCAUUGUACACAUCGAUGCCAAGUUUAUGUCAGUUUUCGACGCUUUUCUUUUUUUCUUUUUUUUCUUGCAAAUUGAUCAUCUGGUGCACAGUUGCUUUAAUAAAAGGUGAUAAGUAUGGCUAAUUAUGUAAUUCAUGAUCUUGAUCUUUAUGUCAUUGAAAAUUAGAACAUAACUACUUUAUUUAGAAAUGAAACUAAAAUCAUUAAACAAACCAAAAGAAACGUUUUUACUCUAAGAAAACCCAAACGAACUUGAGACUAUUUAUGAAAGGUCAAAUAGCAUUAAUUAUUUAAUGAUGAUUUAUGUAGAAACUCAUGUUAUAAUGAUAAUUUAUAAAGUUGUUAUUGAUUUGAUCAAGUAAUAAAUGAUAUUUUCACUUUCAAUUUUAUUUUGUUUGAAUUGUAAAUCCUUACAACUGUUCAUUUAAUAAUUAAACGCGUUUUCUUUUGUAUAAAGACGCAAACGUUAGCAUAGAGCAAUUGAAGCAAAUGCGUUUUUAUGCUGUUUACGCAUGUUAUUUAAAUCACUGAAAAUAAACGUCAUGGUUUACUUUA